UCCGCGCUGUUGUAGAGGUCGGUUGUUGGCGUGUGGAGUGCUGCGGUGCCGGGGUUGCUGAAUGCGGACUUCCGCGGCCGGAGUUGUGGGCAUUGGACACGCAGCUGAGCCCCGUGCAGAGCCCGCGCUGCUUGUGCACGCCGUCUGCCGUCUGGACGGAAAUCUGUUCAAAGCAAAGGACAAGUGACAAAUAAGACAAGAGAGGAGCUUGGAGAAUACAUAUCAGGAAUGGAUUCUCUCAACUGUGUAACAGCAUCAGAGUCAACUAUGGAAAUUGAGAAUCAAAGUGAUAACUCUUCCUCUGGUAGCGGUAGCAGCAUAUUUAAAACUCAGUGUGUUCCCAUUCCACCUAAACGGAGGCAAAGAAACGCUGUUAGAAAAUUUGUUCGCUUACCUGAAAGUGUUCAGGCAAGAGAUUCAUCUAGUGACUCAUCUAUAGAACCAAGACCAUUGACUUUAAAAGCUAUUUUUGAAAGAUUCAAACAAAAGAAAAAGAAACGUAAAAAGAGGAAAUAUAAGCCAAAAGGAAGAUCAGCGGGAAGACCAAAAGGAAGGAGGAACACUAGAAGGUCACAAAUAAGUGAGAAACAAAUUAAAGACAAAAGACUUAGUUUCCCAUUUUUAGAAUCAGAAAAUGGAAGAAAAGCAUCACCUUGGAGAAAAAUUUUAACCUUUGAGCAAGCAGUGGCAAGAGGAUUUUUUAACUACCUUGAAAAACUGAAGUAUGAAUACCACCUCAAGGAAUCCUUGAAACAGAUGAAUGUUGGUGAAGAUUUAGAAAAAGAAGACCUUGAUAGUCGUAGAUACAAAUACUUGGAUGAUGAGGGAUCUCUCUCUCCUAUCGAAGAGUCAGCAGCAGAAGAUGAGAUUGCAACAAAUCUUCAACAUGAUGAAUGUGAUAUUAAGUUGGUGGAAAUGCAAGAAUAAAAAUAAGAAUUUUAUGGAUAAUCGAUGAGAACAUGGACUUCAGUACUUUUGUAAGUUUUAAUGUGUGCGUGCUACUGGGAUAUCAAGUGAGAAAAUCAGAAGUUAGUUUGGAUUUGUAACAUAAUCUAUAUGUAGUCUCCAGUUUAAGUAACCCAGAGUCCAGUUAUGUGUAAUCACUAAAGGAAUUAAAUUACUAAAUCUAAUUCUACUAAAUGUAAUUUAAAUACUAAAUGUACUUACUAAAGGAAUGUAAUUAUUAAAGAAAUAAAGUUUCAGUUACUGCUUUUAUGCAGGAAGAUAAUUAUUUCAUAAUGAGUUAUGAAUUACCAAAGAAGAAGAAUGUAUGUUUGGAACAAGAGGAAAAUACUGAAGAAACUGCUUUGUCUAAAAAGAGAGCAUCAAAAUCCAAAAAGCACUAGACAGAAGACAGAAUGGCCUGAAAAGGAGAUAGGCAUGUGAAUGCCAGACAAGGCUUUUAUCUUGAAAAGUGUCUGGACUUUACAAAAAAGGUAUUGGCAACGAUCAGUACUGUUCUAAGGUGUGAUAAGCUUAGGAGUAAAUGAUUUGAACUUAAUGCAUAUUUAGAGGGUGUCUGAAAUUCAGAACCAAGCAGAUCAAUCUUCCCUGACCCCAGAUACGUAAUAGUCCUGAAGUAAAUUGCUUGAGAAAAUUGGAUCCCAAAGAUUACAGGUGAGUUUUCUGAAGUGUGCUCAUGUUCCACUGGAAAUCAAAGCCCAACUAAAAGAAUUACGGGCUGACUGACAACUGUUGAUUGACCAAAAAUCAUUGAAAGGGCUGCCUUGAAGAUUAUAUGACUCAGACAUUGGAGGAACUAAGGGUUGAUGGGCAAUGGAAAGAAUCAGAACGUGUUAAAUUCUUAAAAAGUUUAUUGACUUAAAUUAUAUUACACAAUAAAAAAAAUUUACACUUUUUGUAGAAAAA